AUGGCUGAUAACGCUGUCAAGGAGGCUGAGGCCGGUGUGGCCAACCUCCUGCUCGAUGAGGUCACCGGCGAGAAGGUUUCCAAGUCCGAGCUGAAGCGCCGUCAGAAGAUGCGUGAGAAGGAGGCCAAGAAGAAGGAGAAGGAGGCGAAUGCUCCUCCCAAGGCUGAGAAGAAGGUCUCCGCCGAGGAGGAGGAGGCUAACCUCACCCCCAACCAAUACUUUGAAAUCCGCAGCAAGAGAAUCAACAAGCUUCGCGAAACCAAGCAGCCCGACCCCUACCCCCACAAGUUCCAGGUUACCGACGAUCUGCGCGAGUAUCUCAAGAAGUACGAUGGUCUUGCCAAGGGCGAACAGAAGCCCGACGUUCAGGUCCAGAUCGCCGGUCGUAUCUUCACCAAGCGUGCGUCCGGCGCUAAGCUGAUCUUCUACGACAUUCGCGCCGAAGGUGCGAAGGUGCAGGUGGUGUGUCAGGCGCAGAACUCGAAGAGCGAGGUUCCCUUCGAGGCCCAGCACGAGCACCUCCGGAGAGGUGAUGUGAUCGGUAUUGUCGGUUACCCCGGCCGUACGAGCCCCAAGAACCGCGCGGACGGUGAACUGUCUAUCUUCGCGACGGAGAUUGUGCUCCUGGCUCCUUGCCUGCACGCUAUCCCGUCCGAGCACUUCGGUCUCCAGGACAAGGAGCAGCGCUACCGCCAGCGUUACCUGGAUCUGAUUAUGAACGACCGGUCGCGCAACGUCUUUAUCACCCGCUCUAAGAUCGUCCGCUACAUCCGCAACUUCUUCGACAACCGCGACUUUGUUGAGGUUGAGACCCCCAUGAUGAACGCUAUCGCCGGUGGUGCUACCGCCAAGCCCUUCGUCACCCACCACAACGAGCUCGACAUGAACCUGUUCAUGCGCGUCGCCCCCGAGCUGUACCUCAAGAUGCUGAUUGUCGGUGGUCUGGAGCGUGUGUACGAGCUGGGCCGCCAGUUCCGUAACGAGGGUAUCGAUCUUACCCACAACCCCGAGUUCACCACCUGCGAGUUCUACUGGGCCUACGCGGACGUGUACGAUGUUAUGAACCUGACCGAGGAGCUGGUAUCCGGCCUGGUCAAGCACGUCACCGGCGGCUACGAGACCACCUUCCACACGCAGACCGGCGAGGAGUACCAGGUCAACUGGAAGGCGCCUUGGCGCCGCGUGGAGAUGAUCCCCGCGCUGGAGGAGGCUACCGGCGAGAAGUUCCCACCGGGCGACCAGCUGCACACCGCCGAGACCGGCGAGUUCCUCAAGCGCGUGUUGAAGAAGACCGGCGUCGAGUGCUCGCCCCCUAUGACCAACGCCCGCAUGCUCGACAAGCUGGUCGGCGAGUUCAUCGAGGAGACCUGUGUCAACCCCACGUUCAUCACGGGCCACCCGCAGAUGAUGUCGCCGCUCGCUAAGUACCACCGUAAGGACGUCGGUCUGUGCGAGCGCUUCGAGGCCUUCGUCUGCAAGAAGGAGAUUGUCAACGCCUACACUGAGUUGAAUGAUCCCUUUGACCAGCGUCUCCGCUUCGAGGAGCAGGCCCGCCAGAAGGACCAGGGUGACGACGAGGCCCAGCUCAUCGACGAGAACUUCUGCACGAGCUUGGAGUACGGUCUGCCUCCCACCGGUGGCUGGGGUAUGGGUAUCGACCGUCUGGUUAUGUUCCUCACCGACAACUACAGUAUCAAGGAGGUCCUGGCCUUCCCCUUCAUGAAGGAGGACAAGACGGCGGAGGGCAGCAAGACGGCCGCUGAGGUGGUUGGCAUUCAACCCCAGCCUGAGGAGGGCAUUGUUGACGACUUCUUGCUUUGCAUCGGUUAA